GAACGAACCAAUACUCACAACCAUUCCCAUCACUUUAUCUCCGACAAUAGACAAUUCAUCUCCUCGCAUGCUGUCGGUGGUUGACUAUUGUGGACUUCUUACAUUAGUCCGUCCGCCUUGAUAAAUAAUCACGACAAAGGGAACAAGGAGCGGGUGUCGCGUGCCAAAGUCAUCUCCAGCGACGAGAUUGGAGGAGACGAUCGACGAGGCAUUGGACCUAUCGAGUUCAAUCGAGUUCAUUUGGUUCAAAUUGAGAGCGAUCUGACCGUCCAUCCCAUAUCUAUCUACGCACACGUGGCCUGGGGUUGUUGGAGCCAGCCAGACCCAAAGCCACCUUGACAGCCUCCUCAACCGGGACCCCCUAAUCACCUACUUUCUAUCCAACACCCAACCAUGCCUCCACCACCAGCACGCAAUCCCUCUCCCGGUCCCGGCGCAGACGGGUAUCAAACCGCAUUUAGCCGUGCCCAUCCCACAUGGCAGAAACUCCUCGUCACAUCCAUGAAACUCUCCACACCACUACUCAUCACAGCCACAUUAUUCGCCGCCGGUCUGAUGAAACGACCUCUCUGGGAACGUGUCUUUAUGUGGAGAGCUGCUAUGGUUAGUUUCCUGUCGCGGUGGGUUUUGGUUACUUGGACAAUUGCCUGGACUUUGAAUGGUUGGGAGCCGCCGGAUCAGCAGUUGGAUCAUCAACAUGAUGAAGAGUGAGGAUCGAGAGAGAGGAGGAAUGCGGCAAGCUGGUUCUUUCUUCCUCUUUGGGAGUAAUUCUCCUUGAUGAUGGAUUGAUCUAUCUAUCGCUGGGGAGGUGGAUGCUAGGAGCCCAACCUCAAUACAACCUUAUAUGGUUGCACCACCUUCGAUACCGGCCCGAGUCUCAUCGGCAAUCAUGUUCACACCGCAACGUCCGGCCUUGGAUCCACUCGAUCAUCAAAUCGAUGGACUUGUCCGUCAACCCAUCCAUCCACCAACCGUCUUUUAGCCGACUGGUUCGGCACAUUCCCCUUUCAUACUUCUGAUGGCAGCAAGGAAUACAGCACGGUCUUGAUAGGUGGAACUAUUCACAACUAGAGCUCACAGCCGCAUUUUCCUGGGACAGGCUCAAUCACACAUAAAGUCGAUUGUGCAGGGAUGCUAUUGGCAAGGCUCGAAUAAACAUUUCAAACUAUAGGGUUGCCAGCAUACUUCAGCAAUACGUUCUUACGAACACUCAAACCGCUCAAUAAGUGACUGAGUGAGGAGGAUGACCGAGGGAAUCUUAAAUGGAAUAGAUAUGAGCACAUCAUCCUCUAUCUUAGCGAAAUGAAAUAGUAUUGGUUAGAGAUAUCAUGAAACGUGGC